AUACUAUAUAAUCUGCUUUCAUCAUGGGAGAAAUAGAGCAGAAGCCAACUCCAGGAUCGCGACUGGGGGCCCCAGAGAAUUCAGGGAUCAGUACCUUGGAACAUGGACAGAAGCCGCCUCCGACACCUUCAGGAAAACUCAUGUCCAUCAAAAUCCAAAUGCUGGAUGACACCCAGGAGGCGUUUGAAGUUCCACAAAGAGCCCCAGGGAAAGUGUUGCUGGAUGCAGUUUGCAACCACCUCAACCUCGUGGAGGGCGACUAUUUUGGCCUCGAGUUUCCUGACCACAAGAAGAUCACGGUGUGGCUGGACCUCUUAAAACCUAUUGUCAAGCAGAUUAGAAGGCCAAAGCAUGUUGUUGUUAGGUUUGUGGUGAAAUUCUUUCCACCUGACCACACGCAACUCCAAGAAGAACUCACAAGGUACCUGUUUGCUCUGCAAGUGAAGCAGGACCUGGCUCAGGGCAGGCUGACGUGUAAUGACACCAGCGCUGCCCUCUUGAUCUCACACAUUGUACAAUCCGAGAUUGGGGAUUUUGAUGAAGCAUCGGACAGAGAACACUUAGCAAAAAAUAAGUACAUACCUCAGCAAGAUGCACUAGAAGACAAAAUUGUGGAAUUUCACCAUAACCACAUUGGACAAACACCCGCAGAAUCGGAUUUCCAGCUCCUGGAGAUCGCCCGGAAGCUGGAGAUGUACGGGAUCCGGUUGCACCCGGCGAAGGACAGGGAAGGUACCAAGAUCAACCUGGCUGUUGCGAACACAGGAAUUCUAGUGUUUCAGGGCUUCACGAAGAUCAAUGCCUUCAACUGGGCAAAGGUUCGCAAGCUGAGCUUCAAGAGGAAGCGCUUUCUCAUCAAGCUCCGCCCAGAUGCGAAUAGCUCGUACCAGGACACCUUGGAGUUCCUCAUGGCCAGCCGGGAUUUUUGCAAGUCCUUCUGGAAAAUCUGUGUGGAGCAUCAUGCGUUUUUUAGACUUUUUGAAGAGCCCAAACCAAAGCCAAAGCCUGUUCUGUUUAGUCGAGGGUCAUCAUUUCGGUUCAGCGGUCGGACUCAGAAGCAGGUUCUCGACUAUGUUAAAGAAGGAGGACAUAAGAAAGUGCAGUUUGAAAGGAAACACAGCAAGAUCCACUCCAUCCGAAGCCUUGCUAUGCAGCCCACGGAGCCGAAUUCGGAAGUGCCAAAACAAGCUCAGCAGAGGGCCAGCCUCACUCCUGGUGAAGGUGCUGAAUCCCCAGGAGGCCAGAGCUGCCAGCAAGCAAAGGAGCGGAAAGUUUCCACCGAGGAGUGCGGGCCGCGCCAGAGCCCCGCGCUGCAGAAGAGCCCAGCGGGUAACAAGCGGGCCGAUGGGGCCGUGAAGGUGGCGGCGGAGGAAGAGGAGGAGGUCGCCAAGGAUAGGACCCAGCAGAGUAAACCUCAGCCCCCGCAGCCAAGCACAGGCUCCCUGACUGGUAGCCCUCACCUUUCAGAGCUGUCCAUCAACUCGCAGGGAGGAGCUGUGCCCGCCAACGUGAUCUUGUCUCCCAACCUGAGCCCCGACACCAAGCAGGCCUCUCCCUUGGUCAGCCCGCUGCUGAACGACCAGCCGUGCCCACGGACCGACGACGAGGAGGAGGGCCGGAGAAAGAGAUUCCCAACUGACAAAGCGUACUUCAUCGCUAAGGAAGUGUCCACCACCGAGCGAACGUAUCUGAAGGAUCUUGAAGUCAUCACUUCGUGGUUUCAGAGCACAGUGAGCAAGGAGGACUCCAUGCCCGAAACACUGAAAAGUCUCAUAUUCCCCAACUUUGAACCUUUGCACAAAUUUCACACAAAUUUUCUCAAGGAAAUCGAGCAACGACUAGCCCUGUGGGAAGGCCGCUCAAACGCCCACAUCCGAGGAGAUUACCAAAGAAUUGGGGACGUCAUGCUGAAGAACGUUCAGGCCAUGAAGGUGAGCUGCUUUGGGGGCGGGGCAGCCCUCCGUAAGCCUUUCCACGAACACGCGGUGCCUGGUGUGACCAUCCGUGCCUACCACAAAGUGGGGAGGUUGAGAACCGCUGCCCUAGAAGGGCAGCAUCCAAGAUCGCUCAGCCACGGCGGGAUAUCAUUGCCCUGCAGAGUUGAGCUUCAAGACGUUGGAGGGGAAAACCCUCGUCUGCCGCUAAUACUGCGUGUCCGUGUUUCUUCAUUAGCGGCGCUGGCGGAGAUCACAGAGAUGGUGGCCCAGCUCCACGGUACGAUGAUCAAGAUGGAGAACUUCCAGAAGCUGCACGAACUCAAGAAAGACUUGAUUGGCGUCGACAAUCUUGUGAUUCCAGGACGGGAAUUCAUCCGCCUGGGAAGCCUCAGCAAGCUCUCCGGGAAGGGGCUGCAGCAGCGCAUGUUUUUCCUGUUCAACGACGUCUUGCUGUACACAAGCCGGGGACUGACGAUCUCGAAUCAGUUUAAAGUGCACGGGCAGCUCCCGCUCUACGGCAUGACCAUCGAGAAAAGUGAAGACGAGUGGGGCGUGCCCCACUGCCUCACCCUGCGGGGCCAGCGGCAGUCCAUCGUCGUGGCCGCCAGCUCCCGGUCCGAGAUGGAGAAGUGGGUUGAGGACAUACAGAUGGCCAUUGACUUGGCAGAGAAGAGCAGCGGCCCCACUCCCGAGUUCCUCGCCAGCAGCCCCCCUGACAACAAGUCCCCCGAUGAGGCCACAGUGGCCGACCAGGAGUCCGAGGACGACCUCAGCGCCUCCCGCACCUCGCUGGAGCGCCAGGCCCCCCACCGCGGCAACACCAUGGUGCACGUGUGCUGGCACCGCAACACCAGCGUCUCCAUGGUGGACUUCAGCGUGGCCGUGGAGAAUCAGCUGUCUGGGAACCUGCUGAGGAAAUUCAAAAACAGCAACGGGUGGCAGAAGCUGUGGGUGGUGUUCACAAACUUCUGUCUGUUCUUCUAUAAGUCACACCAGGACAAUCACCCCCUGGCCAGCCUGCCCCUGCUGGGCUAUUCGCUCACCAUUCCCUCGGAGUCCGAGGACAUCCACAAGGACUACGUGUUCAAGCUGCACUUCAAGUCCCACGUGUACUACUUCCGGGCCGAAAGCGAAUACACGUUUGAAAGGUGGAUGGAGGUGAUCCGAAGUGCCACCAGCGCGGCCCCCCGCGCCCACACUCUGAGUCACAAAGAAUCCCACGUGUACUGACGGCAGGACGCCGUCAGCUGGCUCAGCCGUGGCUGCUUUCCGGGCAGCCGUUCUCUAUCAAUGAUGCCUAGUAAAAUGAACGCCUGUCUGGAAAACACCAACAUGGUUUUACAGCAUCUCUCACCUGUCUCUGCAGAACCAUUUCUAACCUUGUCUUUCCACUGUUCAUUUCCCAUCUGAACGGAAGUGCUCCCACCUCCGAUGCUGGCGGCAUUUUCUGUCAUUCCCUCGACGGGCUGUUUUUAGCUUGUGCCAGUAUUAAAACAUUGUCAUUAAUAUAGUGCCAAAUGACAACUUUUCCUCCACGACUGCACCUUAAAGCAGUACAAACACAUCCGUUUGACAAAAGACAGGGCAAGUGCUCUUUUUUCUUUUUCUAGGCUGCUGCAUUUUAAGAAAACGGAUUCUCCAGUGUUUGCAAUACACAUGGCACAGUCUUAAGCAAAUGAGAUCAUUUUCAGAUUUCGUUUUUUUUCAAUCUUUCUACUUUUAUAAUAAUAGGAAGUUACUCCUUUGAUUAGUAAGCGAUUUGCCGCACACUACGUGCCACCCUGGGGUCUCGUGCUCCAGUGAGACGCUGGCUCCCAGACCCACUUCCUGGUGCAAGCUGACCAAAUUGUUCAAGUGAUGACUAUUUACAAACCGCAGCAGGUUGUUUUCUGCUAAGAGAAGCAUAAGUCCAGUGCGAUGUCUAGACUAUCACUGUACUGUGUGUGAGUGGUAUAUACAAUGGGAAGAUAUUAAGCUGUGGGUGUUUUGCUGUCUGUUUCACAAGCAUGAAAACCUGUAUAUCAGUAAUCAGGGCCAUUUGUGAUGUUACGUUACGGGAUUUGUGAGCUUCUGUGGGUGUAAAAGCACCAUGAAGGAUGGUGCGUAGUCCCCCGGCACCCAUCGUCAUACCUAUCUAUAUCCUACUCAACUGUGGUUCGGAACUGCGCAUUCAAUAGUAGUAUAUAUUGUGCCUGUCUUCAAAAAACAUUCUUUUUCCUUUUUUAUACUCAUUCCCCCAGGUACGGGGUAGGACAGUAUGACAUUGCACAACCUUGACAGUCGGACAACACAGGGAACAUGGUUUCCAGUAAUGCUGGGCCCACUAGUCAAAACCUGUUUGCCUAUUCUCUGUGAGAGCGGUGGCUGCUAUUCCCGUGUUCUUAAGCCCUUUCUGACGCAGUCCAGAGGGGCGGCCAAUCGACGCAGUCCUCCCCGUCCUGCACCACCGCUGGGAAAGCCCUCCCCCAAGACACGCAGGACCACCCAACUCCGUGGAGCUGUGACUGACCGCGCGGAAUCGGCGAUGUACAAAUGGACGAGUAGCUCGAGACGUGUUAAUCAUUUGCCUUACGAUGUGUACCAGAUGGUUUUAAGUACUAACAAAAGGGAAUAAAAAUACCUCACGCCACAAUCCAGCAUAUUGAAGUUUUAAGGCAAAACAA